GACACCGUCAAGCCCGAGCUCAUCUGCAAGCUGGAGCGAGGAGAGACGCCGUGCGUUCCAGACCCCCCCGGGGAGCAGCGGAGGCACCGCAGCCCUGUGCCGGGCGGGUCCCGGGGGUCCGUGGCAGCGGUGGGUUGUUCCAUCAGCAGAAGCUGGGGGGACUCGUCCCAAAGCCAGCUCAGAGGGACCUCAGCGAACCACUCAGGACAACCUCAGCUCUCCCCCAUGAUACCCCCCCAGCCUUUGCAGAAGCCGCUCCCCACGUGUCCUGAGUGCAACAAGAGCUUCAGGACCCGGACUGCAUUGGCCAUCCACGAGCGGAGCCACACGGGCGAGCGCCCCUUCACCUGCCCUGAAUGCGGCAAGAACUUCAUCCAGAAAAAACACCUGGUCAAACACCAGCUCAUCCACACCAAGGAAAGCCCCUUCAUCUGCGCUGACUGCAACAAGAGCUUCAGCCAGAAGGGCUCCCUUAUCAAACACCAGCGCAUCCACACUGGCGAGCGUCCCUUCACCUGCUCCGUCUGCAGCAAGAGCUUCAGCCGCAAGGGUGACCUUGUCAUCCACCAGCGCAUCCACACCAAGGAACGCCCCUUCAUCUGCGCUGACUGCAACAAGAGCUUCAGCCAGAAGGGCUCCCUUAUCAAACACCAGCGCAUCCACACUGGCGAGCGUCCCUUCACCUGCUCCGUCUGCAGCAAGAGCUUCAGCCGCAAGGGUGACCUUGUCAUCCACCAGCGCAUCCACACCAAGGAACGCCCCUUCACCUGCUCCGACUGCGGCAAGAGCUUCAACCGCAAGGGUGACCUUGUCAUCCACCAGCGCAUCCACACCAAGGAACGCCCCUUCAUCUGCGCUGACUGCAACAAGAGCUUCAGCCAGAAGGGCUCCCUUAUCAUCCACCAGCGCAUCCACACGGGUGAGCGACCCUUCACCUGCUCCGUCUGCAGCAAGAGCUUCAGCCGCAAGGGUGACCUUGUCAUUCACCAGCGCAUCCACACUGGCGAGCAUCCCUUUGCUUGCAACCACUGCAACCACUACUUCAGCCAAAAGCAACACUUGGUCAUCCACCAGCGCAUCCACACGGGUGAGCGACCCUUCACCUGCUCCAACUGCAGCAAGAGCUUCAGAGAGAAGGGCUCCCUUAUCAAGCACCAGCGCAUCCACACGGGUGAGCGACCCUUCACCUGCUCCGACUGCGGCAAGAGCUUCAACCGCAAGGGUGCCCUUGUCAUCCACCAGCGCAUCCACACGGGUGAGCGACCCUUCAUCUGCACUGACUGCGGGAGGAGCUUCAGAGAGAAGGGGGCCCUGAUCAAGCACCAGCGCAUCCACUCCACUGAGUCCCCUCGCUGCUCCAACUGUGACAAGAACUUCAUCUGGAAGUGCGCCCUGACGAAUCACCGGUGUGUACACACUGGUGAGCGUCCCUUUGCCUGCAGCCACUGCAACCACCACUUCAGCCCUCACCUCCACUCUGGCCCAGCCCCCUGGUUGCUGGAGAAGACCCCCUCCAUGUUCCCUGAGUGCAAGAAGAGCUUUAGGAACCAGACUGCACUGGCCAUCCAUGAACAGAGCCACACGGGUGAGUGGCCCUUCACCUGCUCCAGGUGUAGCAAGAGCUUCCUCCAGAAGGACUCUCUGAUCAACCACCAGCGCAUCCACACAGGUGAAUGCCCCUUUGCCUUUAUUGACUGUGGGAAGAGCUUUAGCAACACCAUCUCCCUUCUCAAGUGUAAGUGAAUCCACAGUGGUGAGAAGCCCUUUUCCUGUGUCAACUGCAGCAAGAGCUUCAGCCAGGAGGGCCACCUCAUCACCCGCCUGUGCAUCCACACCGCAGAGCACCCCUUUGCCUGCACUGAUGGCGG